AUGAAUUGGGCAUUUCUGCAGGGCCUCCUGAGCGGCGUAAACAAGUACUCCACAGCGCUGGGUCGCAUCUGGCUGUCCAUGGUAUUCAUCUUCCGCUUGCUGGUGUACGUGGUGGCCGCCGAGGAUGUGUGGCAUGAUGAGCAAAAGGACUUUGCCUGCAACACCAAGCAGCCAGGCUGCCCCAAUGUCUGCUGUGACGAGUUCUUCCCCGUGUCCCAUGUGCACCUGUGGGCCCUGCAGCUCAUCCUGGUCACAUGCCCGUCGCUGCUGGUGGUCAUGGACGUGGCCUAUCGUGAGGAGCGUGAGCGAUGCCACCGCCUGAAGCAUGGGCCUAAUGCCCCUUCUCUGUAUGACAAUGCAGGCAAGAAGCGUGGCGGGCUCUGGUGGACAUACUUGCUGAGUCUCAUCUUCAAGGCCACCGUCGACGCCAGCUUCCUGUACAUCUUCCAUUGCCUCUACAAGGAUUAUGACAUGCCCCGCAUGGUUGCCUGCUCUGUGGCACCAUGCCCUCACACCGUGGACUGUUUCAUCUCCCGACCCACAGAGAAGAAGGUCUUCACCUACUUCAUGGUGGCCACAGCUGUCAUCUGCAUCCUGCUUAACCUCAGUGAGGUUGCCUACUUGGUGGGCAAGAGGUGUAUGGAAUGUCUGGCAGCCACGAGAGCCCGGGCCCCACAGAAGGGGCAUUCCUCAGACUUUGCCACCUCAUCCUGCAAGCAAGACGACCUCCUCUUGGGUGACCUCAUCUUUCUGGGCUCAGACACUCACCCUCCUCUCUUACCAGACCACCCUCAGGACCACAUGAAGAAAACCGUUCUGUGA